AAUUUUGUGUUUUGUGUGUUUCAGUGUGUGAAUCGAAGCAGUCAGUUAGUGCACAGAAACGACCAAGUACCUUUGGUCACCAAAGAAGAUUUGAACAGUGUCCAGUGAGCAAAUACCCAAUGUGUACUGAUGAGGAGGAGGAGAAUAAGUGCCCGUCAGGCUGUCGACUACAGGGUCUCAUUGAUAAGGAGGAGGACAACAUUUAUGCUCGCCUCAGCAAAAUCUGUGAAAAGAUUCACCAAUGCAAGAGCACAACCUUAUCUACAAUGCUUAAAAGUGCACAGUUCUAUGAAGCACAAAGGAAGAUUAUCAUCACAACAUACAUGGAAGAACUAAGGUACACUGAGGUUGCUGAGAGACUUUACAGGAACCUGACGCUGUUAUGGAAGAAGUCCUCCAAGCUCUCCAGUGACCUAUGGACGUACCACAGUCAGAUCUCGGCUCAGAUAACUGAGAUGCGUCGUCUUGAGGUGGACAUUGACAUGAAACUACGUGCAUGCAAAGGGUCAUGCAAACAAACCUUUGAUCAUACCAUUGAUCACAAAGCUUUCAAAGCCAUGGAGGACAGCAUGUCCAGAUUUGACUUACUCUCCAUGAGCCAAAAAACAUUUACUAUGGACAAAAAGGUCAAACUGCAGUCUGUUGUUCGACCUCCUGUGUCUCUUGCAUACCGAAAAAUCCCGCUGGUGCGCGCCAAGCUCCUGACAAAGUUUGAAGACAUUGAGCAAAACCAAGUGGUCAUGGAUGAGCUUUUACAGGAUAUCCAGAAUUCAGAAGGAGAAGCAACAUCAUAAAGGCAUUUGCAUUUACACUGGACUUUACUUGCACCAAGGCUAGAAGCAGUUUGGCCUUGUUUGGGUGAAAAAGUAGGAAAAUCAAAAAUUAUGCAGGGUGUUCAAAACAGUUAUAUUUAUGCAUAAAUAUAAUAAAUAUACAACACUGUAUGCAUUCAGCACAAUGUUCAUCAUGCUAACUAUAUGGUCAUCAACACAGCAUUGCCAUUGUUUUCAUAUUUGAUUGUUUCCUUUGUGAUUAAAUAACAGAAGUACUUUGUAUUAGCAAUAUGUUUUGUCGAGAGAACACACUUCUGCACAUAUUAAUGCACAAUUACUGUUUAUUUGCUGAAUUUAACAUGUUGGGGAAUAAAAAACAUGAAAGUUGUAUUAUUUUCUCAAUGUGUAUAAUAAACAGAAAUAGCAUA